UGACAUUUCAUUUAGAUGUUUUUGCAUUUGCUUUUUGCGCGUGAAGUGUGGGAAACGGAAAAGUAAUAUUAGGCAUUUACAUAUUGUUUAUGUUAACACUUUACCGUACAUAACCUGGUAAACUACCGGCUCAAAUAGUUUAUUUACUCUAACUGGACCUCUGAUCUUCAAAAUAAAUGCAAUAAUCUGAAUACUGAUAUGGAUUUCACCUCGGACCUAACAUCAUUUCAAGGAUCUAUACUUGAAGCCAACAGCCUCUAUUUAUAUACCAAAAUAAAAGGGAGAGGAGGCUAUGAAACUAAAAUUAAAGAGACUAAACAACAUUUAAUUAAGUUUAUAGAGGAUAAAUACUCUAACACUUCAGAUAAAGAAACUAAAAAUAUUUUUAGAAAGUUCACAAUGUUCCUUGUUUUAAAUGCAGACUUGCCUAUUUUGGAGGAGUUAGCUGCAAUAGAUGAAUUAAGUUCUGUUAUUCAGACUAUCCCAUCAUUGCCAAAAUCCUUGAUAGGAGAAUUACUAUGGAAUCAGUAUAUGGAAGAAUUUAUCCCUGAAAUUAUUGUUUUUACCCAUCCAAAGCUUUCUUUGUCAUUAUCAGAGGUCUUAAUUGAAAAUUUUCAGUAUGCCGACCCAAGAAAUUGUUUUAAAAAGUUAAAAAUUUUAGUGACAUCAUGUUACAGAUUCAUCUACAGAUUACCAUUUUUUAAAGAUGGAAAUAAUUUCUCAACUGGCGCUUUACAGAACUUUCAUUCAUGUUUAAAGUAUUUUUAUGAACCACCCAAUAGGAGCAAACUUGAAGAUUUAAACAAAGAUGAUAAGUACAAAUACAUUGGAAAUAAUUUAUAUGCAAUGCUGUUAACAAUAAAAGAUUGUAUUAAUGAAUACACCAAAGUUCAACAAUUGAACCCAGCAGAUUUCCAUGAAGUGUAUGGUUUGACAUAUAAUGAAGAAUGUCUUGAAAAAAGUCAAUCUGAAUUGACCUUGGCCAUGUUUCCUGAUAAUUUAAAAAAAAUUAUAGAAAAUUGCAAUGAACUCUUAUUAGGUACAUGUAAGGAACUAGUCAUGGAGGUCAGUGUUGAUAUAUUUUGCUCCUGGAGUGAGUUUGAAGAAAAUGGAAAAAGCAUGCAACAGAGAAUUGGUGAACUUUGUUAUAAGAUACAUACCGAUUUGUGUAAUGUUAGUACAACAUCGGAACAUCCAAUUGUUAAUAUGUUAAAACAAAUAUCAUAUGUGCCGGUUUCAUGUGAAGAUUUAAUUAAUAAUACUGACUGUGAUACUAUUGUUAGUAAUAUUAAAAACAGUGCAGAUGAAAGAGAACAGUGGUUGAAAGCAUUAUUAAAAAAGGAUAAAUUGUGUGAGAACUUAGGUAUUAUUGAACAAAUAAUAUCAAAUAUAACAGUGUACACAACAGAUGAAUCAUACAAGUUAUUUAAUGUUUGUGUUACGGAUAUUGAUAGUUAUCCGGAGAAUAAGGAGGAGAUUAAAUUGCUAUUAAUUAAAGCAUUCCAACAAUGUGCUGAUAAUGAUAAGUUAAAAAUCUUGGAAGAGCAUUUCACGAACAAUAAUUUUAAUGAUGAUUUGAUGAGCAAUCAGUUUGAAUCAUUUUCAGUGGAAGUAUUCAAUAAACUAACUACAUUAGAUAAUGCAGAGUUAACCAAUGUUUUAAGUCUAUUCUUACAAUGUCCUAAAAAGGUUUAUGUGAAAUUUUUUCAUCUUGCUGUAGAAAAUAAAGGACAAACUGAAAUAAUGCUUAAUAUAUUAACACAAUUAAAAAAGUUCUCUGAUUAUUUCUACACACAAGACACAGAGCCAUGCAUUAUAAUAUCUGCAAAAGAAGUUUUAGAUGAGGAGUUGCAAGAUGAAAGAUUGAAUAACUAUGUGAAACUGAUAUGCGGCUUGAAGUCGGCUGGUGUAAUACAUAUGAACAAGCUGUUGCUCUUAAUUAUUAUGCCAAGUCUCCACUCAGCGGUACUAAAUAAAAAAAUCAAUUCUAUCAACCUACAAUGCAAGUUACUUAAAGAGGCAUUUACAGUGAAUGAAUUAUUAGAAUAUAAAGUACCCAUACUGGCUAUGUUAGGGCAGGUUCUGGAUGCUGUGCGAUGGACAAUUACUACAUUCACAAGUCCAGGACCACCUACUUUGGAACUAUUAAUACAAUUAAUUGACUCAUUUAUUAGUUUUGAUCCUGUUGAAAUGAAAGAACGAGAAAAAACAUGGUUGAAAGUUAAACUCAGGAAUAUAAGCCCAUUAAACAUGUAUUAUUAUAGAUUCCUAUGGAAUCCACCUGGUGAUUCAUUCCUAGAAAUCAUUACCGGUGUGCAAACGAAUAUUAAUAUGGAUGUUGAUUUGUUGACUACUAGAAUAUCACAGCUCUUAUGCUCUACGACUAUGCAAGAGUGGUAUCAAAUAUGGAAUAGUCUAGAAGUUUUCAAGAAUGAACGCAUCUUAGAUAUAUUUCAUGACGCAUUGCUCAUGAUUGGAAUGGCUGAAAAGACUUAUCGUACAGAAAUAACAUGGGCGUGCAUGUUGUAUUGUUUCCAAAACUUCUCAUUAAUUAUAAGGUAUACAUAUUUGCCAAGUGUGCUGGACGAUAAUAUGACAUUGAGAUUGGUGAAUAAGCUGAUAAUGCUGGAAAAUUUUGCAGAAGAAAGUGAAAUUAAAGAGUUUUGUAAUACGGUUAGGCCUAUUUUUGCAUAUUUGGGAGAAAGAGUAAACGAAAAUGAUAAUUUGAGAUCAAAAUUAAACGAAACGUGUAAUGUAAAUGUGCGCAAUAAGUUCUUUUUAGAUAUGUUAAAUAAAAUUUUUGUUAAAAAUUGCAAAGUAUGAGAAUGAAUAUGAAGCUAUUUGUAUAA